AUGGAUCACCGUUACCGCCUCAAAUGUUCAUAUCCCUUGUUCAUUCUGGCAAUCUUCUUGCUGACCAUCAAUGCCUGGACAAGCGGCACUAAAGUUGAAACCAAACCUACCAUCGACGACGAUAAAACAAACGAUGGGGAUCAGUGUAAAGAUGUGAUACAAGGUAGCCCAGAGUUUGGCUACUGCUUGAAGUCUAUAUCUCAGAAGUGGCCUACUGAGCUUGCAUUGAUUCCUUGCUGUCAGCAGUUCAAGAAAAUGGACGAGAAUUGCCGUUGUCAGGCCGUUAUGGAAAUAGUGAACGCUGCUAUAGCUGCCGCCACAGCAGGGGCAGCUGGAGGCUCGCCUCCGGCCAGACUGGCACCUAGCGGAGGCCUUCCAAAUGCGCGCUCCAGAUCGAGAGACACCGCGAAAUGA